GUCCCCGGGGGCGGCGGGGACCACCCACCGGGAGCCGGAACGUACGGGGGCCCCCUCCGCCGGCCGCGGCCCGUGGGCGUCCCCGGGGAGGAGCAGCCCGCGUCCGGCCCGCGCCCGCCCGCGGCCCCGAGCGGAGGGGCGGGCGGCCAUGGGGCUGCUGGCCCAGGGGUCGCCGCUCAGCUGGGAGGACACCAAGCGCCACGCCGACCACGUGCGGCGGCACGGGAUCCUGCAGUUCCUGCACAUCUACCACGCCGUCAAGGACCGGCACAAGGACGUGCUCAAGUGGGGCGACGAGGUGGAAUACAUGUUGGUAUCUUUUGAUCAUGAAAAUAAAAAAGUCCAGUUGGUCCUGUCUGGAGAAGAUGUUCUUGAAACUCUGCAAGAGAAAGGGGAAAGGACAAACCCCAAUCACCCUACCCUCUGGAGGCCCGAGUACGGAAGCUACAUGAUCGAGGGGACCCCAGGACAGCCCUACGGGGGGACCAUGUCCGAAUUCAACACAGUCCAGGACAACAUGCGGAAGCGGCGGCAGGAGGCGACCUCGGUGCUGGGAGAGAACCAGGCCCUGUGCACCAUCACGUCCUUCCCCAGAUUAGGCUGUCCUGGGUUCACACUGCCUGAGUACAAACCCAACCCUGUGGAAGGAGGCGCCUCCAAGUCCCUCUUCUUCCCAGAUGAAGCAAUAAACAAGCACCCCCGCUUCAGUACCCUAACAAGAAAUAUCCGGCAUAGGAGAGGAGAAAAGGUUGUCAUCAAUGUGCCAAUAUUUAAGGACAAGAACACGCCGUCUCCAUUUGUGGAGACGUUUCCUGACGAGGAGGCGGCCCAGGCAGCCCAGCCCGACCACAUCUACAUGGACGCCAUGGGGUUUGGGAUGGGCAACUGCUGCCUUCAGGUGACAUUCCAAGCCUGCAGCAUAUCUGAAGCCAGAUACCUUUAUGAUCAGUUGGCCACUAUCUGCCCGAUUGUCAUGGCAUUGAGUGCCGCGUCUCCAUUUUACCGGGGCUACGUGUCCGACAUCGACUGCCGCUGGGGGGUCAUCUCUGCUUCUGUGGACGACCGGACCAGGGAGGAGCGAGGACUGGAGCCACUGAAGACCAGUAACUACAGGAUCAGCAAGUCACGGUACGAUUCCAUAGACAGCUACUUGUCUAAGUGUGGGGAGAAAUACAAUGACCUUGACUUGACCAUCGACAAGGAGAUCUACGGGCAGCUCCUCCAGGAAGGCAUUGAUCACCUCCUGGCCCAGCACGUCGCUCAUCUCUUUAUCAGAGACCCACUGACCCUGUUUGAAGAGAAAAUACACAUGGACGAUGCCAACGAGUCUGACCACUUUGAGAAUAUUCAGUCCACAAAUUGGCAGACAAUGAGGUUUAAGCCGCCUCCUCCAAACUCAGACAUCGGCUGGAGAGUGGAAUUCCGGCCCAUGGAGGUGCAGUUGACAGACUUUGAGAACUCCGCGUACGUGGUGUUUGUGGUGCUGCUCACCAGGGUGAUCCUGUCCUACAAACUAGACUUCCUCAUCCCCCUGUCGAAGGUUGACGAGAACAUGAAGACAGCGCAGAGACGCGAUGCCGUGUUGCAGGGCUUGUUCUACUUCAGGAAGGACAUCUGCAAAGGCGGCCACGCGGUGGUGGACGGCUGCGGCAAGACCCCGAGCAGCGCGGAGCUGGCCGCCGAGGAGUACGGCCUCAUGAGCAUCGACACCAUCAUCAACGGCAAGGAAGGCGUGUUCCCCGGCCUCAUCCCCAUCCUCAACUCCUACCUGGAGAACAUGGAGGUGGACGUGGACACCAGGUGCAGCAUCCUCAACUACCUGAAGCUCAUCAAGAAGAGAGCGUCCGGACAACUGAUGACUGUCGCCCGAUGGAUGAGGGAGUUCAUCGCGAACCAUCCUGACUACAAGCAGGACAGCGUCAUAACGGACGAGGUGAACUACAGUCUCAUGGUGAAAUGUAACCAAAUUGCCAGCGAACAGUGCGAAUGCCCAGAGUUGCUGGGCUCGGCUUUCCGGAGGCGGGCGAAGGAUGGGGGGAGCACAGCCGACUCUGGCCCCUCCAAGUAGCCCUGAGCAGGGGAGCCCUGCCCUUCCGAGGCUCAGCUCGCGCUCAGGUCUGAAGACCAAACAGUAGCCCUGCUGUGUGGCCUGGUCCUGGCCACGGGGGCCAGAGGCCAGCGCCUCCUUCCGUGGCACAUAGUUUAUACAGUAUACAUGUACAUAGUAAAGUAUUUUUAUGAUUAACAAGGUAUUUUAAUAGCCCCGUAUUGAAAGUCAUUGUGGACCGGCUUGUACAUUCGGAUUUCUUACUCUGGACCCGCUACUGUCUCAGCAGCUUUGUAGGUGUCGUGUAUGCUAACUGUGCAAUACUCGCAUUCCAGAGUUUAAAGUGUUUACUGUAACAGUUUCUUCAGAGACUACCUGGACCUGAUUCACUGAAUGUAUCGCUUUAUCUUAGUAAUAACACUUCCCGUUAGUCUGGAUUUUUCUUAGUAACACUUCCGGUUAGUCUGGCU